GUAAAUGAACUUAAGAAGCUCUGUCUAGAGUUAGGCAUUGAAAAAAAGGUGGAAUUCAAAAUUAAUAUUCCAUUCGAAGAACUAAAGAGGCAUCUGGCUGAUGCAACUAUUGGACUUCACACCAUGUGGAAUGAACAUUUUGGAAUUGGAAUUGUUGAAUGUAUGGCAGCUGGCACAAUUAUUCUUGCUCACAAUUCUGGAGGCCCCAAAUUAGAUAUUGUGGUACCGUAUGAAAGAAAUGCUACUGGAUUUCUAGCAGAAGAUGAAGAUGGCUAUGCAGACUCUAUGGCUCAUAUCUUUUCAUUAUCUCCUGCCAAAAAGCUGCAGAUCAGACAAAGUGCUCGUGAAUCUGUGAAGAGGUUUGCUGAUCAAGAAUUUGAGAAAACAUUCCUAUUGUCUGUAGAGCAGCUAUUUAAAUAAAUUAUUUUGCUUGUAAAUAUAUGACAUACUUGAGUUAUUAUGGCACUACAAAUUAUACAUGUUCUACAUUUCUAUAGUGCAAUAAAGAUUUUAAUCUUUAAAUACUGAAGAUAUCCUGAUACAGCAC